UCAUUGAUCAUUUCAUUUGAUCUCAGAGGUCUUUUUGAUUCAGUAGAUGGUCCUGUGAAGAAAAACUUUUCAAAUUGAUUUCAUUGGUUCAUUUCAGUUUAGCUGAGUUGCUAUUGGUUAAGGCAACGCAUGUCCCGCCUCCUUCAGGUUAGAGACGCUGCGGUAGUGUGUGGAAAAUACACAGAGAGCAGCAGGACGAUAAUUGAGACACAGAGGUUUUGGAGUGAUGAAACUUUAAAAAAUACACUUUAUAUUGUUAAAAGGAGGAACUGUGUAAACAGAGAAAAGUCCGGUGAACCACUGAAGCGACCCUGGGAACAUCUUGUGUUUGUUUUAUUAUUUUAUUGUCCCGGCUGGGUUUUUUGGAUACCCUGAGAUCCUGGACCGUGGAUUUGGAGUGAUUCUCUCCCUGACGAGGGGGAUGGCGAGCUACCCGCGUGAGCAUUUGGAUUGAGGAGGAACCUUUCCAUUCUUCAUUCUCUGUCCUGCCAGAGUGGUAGGGUUGUGGGGAAGGACUUCCAAGAACUUUCGAAUUGAACUAUUUCUUUUGGGUAAAACAUUUUAUUUUAUUUAGGGUGCACCCGGUAAAAAAGACAUUUCAAAUAAGAACAAAAGUAACUGUCGGCAGUGUAUGUAAACUGUUUAUUUUCUAUAUAUGUUAAUACAGUGUUUUGCUUAAAUCUACCUGUGUGUUCCUUUUACUCAUUGCGGUGUCCAAUCUCUUCUUAUUACUUUGCCCUGCGAACCUAGUGUGUACUUACCUGUCAAGUGGGUUACACAGUAAAACUUGGCGAGCUAGCCAGGAGAAAUUUAUGAAUUCACAUUCAUAAUCAAAUUAAAUGGACAUCUUUUGAGUAACUGGACUGUGACCGAGUGUAUUUGGAAGAGAAUUCAACAUUUGAGGUAUUUUGGUUGUAUUAACCCAUAUCAUUUUCAAGUUUAUUGACAUUUCAGUUUUACCUUGGUUAAACAUGGAUAUUAUUUUGACAGAGAGUGUGAAAAUCCCAAAUGCUGUUUUAGUUAGUGGGUUAACCAACACUGAGGUUGACAAUGAAAUCUUUGAUUUACUCAAGCAAUAUGGAUCUAUCGCUAGGAUAAUCAGAGUACCUAGUGCAGACUCUGAGACCCAGGCAAUUGCAGAGUUUGAACAUGGCACCGCUGUGAAAGACCUUGAAGCCAACGUCUUACCUUACCGAAGACCAUGCACUGACAAUCCUGAAGUUAUCCACCAUGUUCAGAGUCUUGCCAGCGUUUACACAAGUGAUGCAGGCACCAGUGCAACAAAUACUUACCUUUCUGGGUUGAAAGACUUAGCUAAGUUGAGCGGCAGGGAGUUUGUAGACAUCCUUCGUGAGGAGCUGGCUAGGAUCAGUAAAUCCAUUAGAACUCAAACCCCACUUGAGGUCAGUGAAGAGCCUGUGGAAAUUGAGCCACCCCUUACACAAAGUGAUAUCCAAGCUGCAGGCCCUAGCUUUGUCAGUGUCCCCAAUGAAGUGAGUCAGGACUCUUACAAACCCCAGACUGGCAUCGAGGUCAGAGAUUUUCUCUCUCCAAGAGGAGAAAGAACCAGCACUUUCCACUUGCCUUCAGAUCAACUCAGCACACCAGAAGUACAGCGUGUUGUGGUUGAGCACAUUGUCAAGAGCAGUGAAGUUUCAUCUCACAUUCAAUUUCCUUGUAAACUGAAACAGUUUUCUGGGCGACAUCCUCAGCCAAACUUUGAAGUCGACUAUGACACGUGGCGCAACAGUGUGGAGUUCUGUUUGCAUGACCCAUCUAUCCCUGACUCCCAAAUGGUGAGGAAAAUUGUUGAAAGUCUUUUGGCCCCUGCUGCAAACAUAGUCAAGUCAUUAGGGCCUCAAGCUUCUCCAAAAGAGUACCUGAACUUACUUGAUUCUGCUUAUGCCACUGUCGAAGAUGGGGAUGAGCUUUUUGCACGAUUCUUGAACAUCAAUCAAAAUGCUGGGGAGAAAGCGUCUGAUUACCUGCAGCGACUUCAUACAGCAUUGAGAUAUGUGGUAAAUAAAGGAGGAAUCGCUGCCGGCGACUCUGACAAACAACGUCUCAAGCAAUUCUGUCGUGGAUGUUGGAAUAGUAUUCUGAUCACCAGUCUUCAGCUUGAACAGCUCAGGAGUAAGCCACCAUCUUUUGCAGAGCUCCUGCUCUUACUGCGAACUGAGGAGGACAAACAGGCUAACAAAACCAGCAGAAUGAAGCAGCACCUUGGGUUCACAAAGCCAAAAGUCAUGUCAAACAUGCACGCUGCACACAUGUCCUACGACGAGGAUAUUGUCAUGCCACAGAAUACAGAGGAUGCCUUCUUAAACAUGACCAAAGACAUACAGAAACAGAUUGCUGAACUUCAGGUUCAGGUGGCAAAACUCAGUGCAUGUAGUUCAGAGAAACCUGUGAAAAAGAAAACAACAGUAAGUGUAAGACAGAAACAGAAGACAAAAAAUACCCAGCCGGAAGGACAACUCCAGCAAAUGACUGUGACAGUGAAACCGAAGCCAUGGUAUUGCUUCAAAUGUGGUGAAGAUGGCCACAUUGCAUCUACAUGUGAUAACAUACCCAAUCCCAACCUUGUGCAGGCCAAGAGAGCAGAGCUCCGGGAGAAGCAGCGUGCAUGGGAAGCUCAGAAUGGUUCACUCACCACUCGCCAGUCAAACUAG